AUGAGCUCUCCCGGCGAAAACAGAUGGCGGGGUGGACCUAGUCGCCAGUCCUCGCAGCGCAGCGGCGGAAAUCGCGACAAGACAGGAGGACAGGGCGGCGCACGCGAUGGCAAUGCUGCCUGGGGCGCAUCGAACGCACCGCAAGAGCAACAUGUCCCUGUACGGGGAUUCAAUGCCGCAGAGGCCAAGAACAUUUUGAAGAGAGGACCCCGGGAAUCGAAGCCAAACAUCUACAAGCCUACCGCCAAAGACGCGCCCAACCGAGCUAGCGGAGCCUGGGGCUCCAAGCCGCACCUGAUGGCAAACGGGAAGGACUUCUUCGUCGAGCUUCGAAAACAGAUUACAUCGCUACAGCGCGGGCCCCCUAUCGGCGGUUGA